CAUCCAUCACCCGCUCGCGCACUUUUCUCAUUUUUCUGCCCUCUCUUCUCUUCCUCCUCCUCCUCCUCUCUGAGCCUCACCGUCAGCAUGGAUUCCUCCCGACUAUUUUACUGCCCCUCCCUCGCAGGUUCUUUGUCUGGAUAUCUCCGCCUCCGAAGCUACUUCUCCGCUUCGUCCUCACCCCUUCUCGCCUUUUAAAUACCACUCUCACUGCCCCAUCUACCCACUUCCGGCUCUACCCAUCUCCCCGUCCAGAUCUUUUAGAUCCCUUCUCUUAGUCUCUUGGUUAGAUAUUUCUUUGGUUACUAAAGGUGAUGACGGGACAAAAGCCACUAAUGCUCAAGGAGUACCUUGAGCUGGACUCGGAUUUGGAGUCCUGCUCCGGGUCAGGGUGCGCACUGCGGCGGGGCGACUCGACCACUAUGCGGUUCCUCCUUGAGUCGGAGCUCCGAUGUGACAAGGGAAGGCUGGUGCGCGCCCGCUCCAAGGGUACCCUCACGAGGCUCUCCGCCGUCAUAAACGCCCUCAGACUCCUCCCCUUCGGCGCCUCCUCCUCCGGGUGCCGGUCCUCCCACGAGCGGUUCCUCGCCAGAAGUUUGUCGAAGCGGCUUAAAGGAAGGUUCUGGAAGAAGAGAGGGAAGGAGGAAGAAAACGACAGUAGAGUGAGGGUCAAAGACAUUGUGCGUCUAAGACCGUUCGAGGAGGGAGAGGAGAAGAAGUCGUUCGAGUUCGCCUCCCCCGUUGUCAGCAGCCGUAGCAGUCGGUGGGAGACCGAGACAGACACCUCCGGAUCGGAGUUCCUGCUGUUGUCUAUCGGUAGCUCCGACUGCCUCGGCGAGAUCGACGCUGCUGGCGACGGCGACGUCACCAGCAACGACAAAAACUGCUCGCCGCCGCGCCAGAGCCCGACGGGAAAAAUGUUUGUCGGUGGGGAUUCCGUUUCCGUUGAGACCGCCACCGGCCACCGAGAGCCCGAGAGCGAAAGGAUGGCGUGCCCAGGAUGCCAGUCUGUGGAGACGGAGCAACUAAGCCCGGUGUCAGUGAUGGACUUUCCAUAUGAGGACGAAGAAGAGCCGUCCUCCCCCUCUCUUUCCUUUCAGCAAAGCCUCGCCAACAUCGAAAGAACAAAGCUGCAACUGCUGCAGAAGAUCCGACGGUUCGAGAGCCUAGCUGAGCUGGAACCGAUGGACCUCGUAGAUCGUUUGUCGUCCUUUGAUGACCAGCUGGAAUCCAGCGACCACGUGGCAUCAGACGACGGAAAAGACGCACACAGAGACACCGUGGAGACGAGGGCGUGGGACCUACUCUGGGACCUCGAAGCCAGAGCUCAGCUGGGCCCACUCGGGUGCAUCGAGAAGCUUCUGGUGGACUUCUUCGUCGAACGGCUGUCCUCCUCCGAUAGUGCUGAUCAGGACCGUCCAUCACGAUGUAGGAAGCACGUGGGAAUAACAUCAGGUGCAUGCGAACCGGAGGAGAUAUUGAAGGCCGCGGGGAAGUGGAUCGAUGGAGCCAGCAGCAGGAAGGUGGAGGAGUUCCCCGGGGAGGCGGAGAUUAAGGAGAUGGAGGUGAACGGACGGUGGAGAUGCUUCGACGAGGAAGAGGAGGAGGUGGCCGUGGAUUUGGUGGAUGUGAUAUUAGGGUCGUUGGUGAGGGAGCUGGUGCUAGAUUGAGUAUCUCGUUAUUAUAGUUAACGAUCUCCGUUAAUUAAAUUAAUUUAUAAA